AUGUCGGCCACUCAUGAUGCCCCACCACCAAUUCCUCCAAAACCAAGUAGCCAAGGAAGACCUCAAAAUGCCAAUGACAUCGAUCAUUUAUUAAAUUUGAUUGACGAGGAGUUAACAAUUUCACAGGAGACUUAUAAUCCUUCUCACUUAAAUAAUCCUGGUUGGAAUCAGCCAACAAGCUCAGCUCCUUUAAAUGUAAUAAGUUCACCUUCAAUCGAACCGAUAAAUUUAAGCCAUCGUUCAAGUAGGCUUAGCACAGAAAUUCCCUCUUCAAGUGUAGAAAACCUUACUCGGCGCACUUCCGGAAAUUCUUCAAUGACAAAUCGUUCACAACAAAAUGCAGCUUCAUAUAAUGUUCACGGUCCUGUGAAUUCAUAUCAACAGCAAUACAGCCCACAACCACCUUAUGGUCACUCGCAGCAACAAGCUUAUAAUACUAGUUCAAUGCCACAAGUGCAACAACCUUAUGGUAGUGCGCCAUUUUAUUCAAAUUAUAAUUACUAUUCUAGCUUUCCUCGUGACCUUACCUCUCAAGGUUGGCCCAAUACAAGUACGCAGCAUUAUCCAAGUCCUCCUGCGAGACCGUUGCCGAACCCUCCAAUGUCAAACCCACCUUAUCAAGCUCCCUUACCAUAUGCUAAUCAACAAUAUAAUUACGGAGGAAGUUACGCAACCUCUUCAAUUCCUGGAGCAACUCCUAUUGUAAUGCCUGAUUUUCAUUCAUAUGCAUCGGCAGUAACUUCUCCUCUUCCAUAUCAUAACGAGCAGCAAAACCAGACGCAAAGAAGUGUCCCAUCCAUACCGUCACUACCUAAUGAUCCUUACGAUGCUUAUCCGGUUGAGUCAGAUUACAGGUCAGUGUUUAACUCCUAUAGAUAUUUUGUAAAUAAAUCAAAAUUAUAA